GCAAAGGGCGAGGAAGGAAGAGGAGCGUGCGACACCGGGGGGGGGGGGCGGCGGAUGCUGAAGCUGCGAAAGCGCGGUCCAGUCAGGUGGCGCGUGCCGCCUCCUCUGCACAUCAGAGAUGCUCGGUAAGGAGGAGUGACGGACGGAUGAGAAGCAGGUCUGCGGUGUGUGGACUGUGACCCCCCCUCCAUCCAUCCCCUCUCGCUUGUGUCCGCCGCCGUCGCCGCGGAGAAUCGGACACCUGCCGUUUCCACGACAACUAGAAUGGGCUGCAAUCUGUGCACUUUCCAGAAGCGAGAGGAACAAUACAAGCUGCUGUAUGAGAUUGCACAGGUCAACGGCAAAGAGCUGUCCAAGUCCAGCCAUGAGGAGACGCUGGAGUCCUUCCUGCCCGCCAAGGACCCCGUCACGGUUCAGGUCAUCCGGCGGACCCCCAGCGGCCGACCCCACGGCCCCCCUCAGGAAAUUCAUGUGGUGGACGUGAGCACGCAGACCGACAUCACCUUUGAACACAUCAUGGCGCUGGCCAAGCUGCGGCCUUCCACGCCGCCCGUGCCCGACAUCUGCCCCCUCCUGCUGUCCGACAGCUGUCAUUCCCUUCACACCACGGAGCAGGAGUUCUACCACGGGACCGACUGCCUCUCACCCGUUCCCGUCGACGCCGAAAGGACGGAAGAGUUGGAGUAUGAGGAAGUGGAACUGUGCCGACUCGGCAGCCAAGAAAAGCUGGGGUUGACUCUGUGCUACAGGACGGACGAAGAGGAGGAUGUGGCCAUCUAUGUCAGCAAGAUCUGCCCCAACAGCAUCGCUGCUAAAGACGGUCGCAUCCGAGAGGGGGAUCGUAUCCUGCAGAUUAAUGGCCGGGAUGUUCAGGACCGAGAGGAGGCCGUGGCCGCGCUCUCCAACGAGGAAUGUCGCAGCAUUAUCCUGCUGGUGGCCAGGCCGGAGCUCCAGCUGGAGGAGGCCUGGCUGGAUGACGAGCACAGCGAGUUUCUGGAGCAGCUGAAGAUUGAAAUGCUAGAGGAACAGCAGCGCGAGGAGAUGGACCUGGCCGCCUUCCAAGAGGAGCAGGACAGCGAGCAGAGAGCAGAUGACGACCGGCCCACCUGCUCCACGCGGCCCCUCAAAGACAGAACGGAGGAUUCGGAGCACGACGUCCUGGAGCACAUCCAGAGGCGCCUGUCCCAAUGCCUCCGGGACACACGCUGGCCGGAGGGCCGGGAGGACGAGGAGGACGAGGAAGCGGAGGGCGAGCGCUUCCAGCAGCUCCUGGAGCUCAAGUGUCAGAUCCGCAACAGCGGCGAAUACGACCUCUUCUACAGCCGCCGCAGCACCAUUGAGUGCAGCGUGGCUGAGCAGGGCGGCGUCCAGCACGAGCUGCGCAUGCUCAACGAGGAGCUGCGUAGCAUCGAGCUGGAGUGUCAGAACAUCAUGCAGGCCCACAAGCUUGGCAAGGGUCCGCAGUCGCCCUCCUCCACGGAGUGCUCGGCGCCCUCGAUGCCCAGAAACCAAAGCCUCCAGCCCAGCAAGGGGGGCGAGAGGCUGGAAAAAUGGGACAAGGACAGCUCCAGUGCUUACAACACAGCGGAGAGCUCACGCAGCACCCCCUUGGCCAUGGAUCGCUCUCCAGAACAUUCCCUCCAGAGGAUGGUGAGCCUCACCAACCAGAGGAACCGCCGCAGCAGCCUUGCUAGCCCUAUCCCAGGAUGCAGGGCUCCCCUCCUGUGCAAGAGCAGCAGCCCGGACCACAGCAAUCCCUCAGACCAGUCCGACCAGACGCCGCUGCCCAAGGACAAACACGGAGGCAAUUUCAAGCCUCGCCUUUCCCAAAUUCCUUACUUCUCCCUGUCGCACAGUUCCCAGCAGCGGCAGAGCAACAUCCCGGCCCACGCCCGCCACUACCAGAGCUACAUGGAGCUGAUCCAGCAGAGCUCGGCGGUGGAGUACGCCCAGAGCCAGCUCAGCCUGCUAGGCGUCUGCAGGGAUCCCCCGAGGCCCCCCGAGGAGCCCAAGAUGGAGUGGAAGGUGAAGAUCCGCAGCGACGGCACGCGCUACAUCACCAAGCGGCCCGUGCGGGACAAGAUCCUGCGGGAGCGGGCCCUGAAGAUCAAGGAGGAGCGCAGCGGCGGCAUGACCACGGACGACGAUGCCAUGAGCGAGAUGAAGAUGGGCCGCUACUGGAGCAAAGAGGAGAGAAAGCAGCAUCUGGUCCGAGCCAAGGAGCAGAGGAAGAGGCGGGAGUUCAUGCAGAGGAGCCGCCUGGAGAGCCUGAAGGAGAACCCUCAGAGCAGCGGCGAGGGCCGCAAGGACGUCAGCAUCAUCGAGUUGAGCCACAAGAAGAUGAUGAAGAAGCGCAACAAGAAGAUCCUGGACAACUGGAUGACCAUCCAGGAGCUGAUGACUCACGGCGCCAAGGCUCCCGAGGGAGCGCAGGUGCACAACGCCUUCCUGUCCGUCACGACUGUAUGAGAAACGCAACGUACGUUCUACCCGUGUGGUAUAAGAUCAUUGCCUCGUUCAAUGUGGCCUUUUUAUGACAACAUUUUUCACACUUUGUAAACACAAAGAGCAUUCUGGAAAGAUUCGAUGGCCUUCCUUCAUCACAAAAACACUUUUUUAUUGGACCGAUGACGUCUUAUGACUUCAUGUGCCCAUUCUCACACUGACUGGACCACUCGAAAGUAUGGAGACGCUUUCCCAUUCAUUAGCAUGGGCAAGUGUGUGGACACCUUUGAUGAUCAUUUACUUGUACACUAAUCCCUCCUUUAUGGCGCUUCAUUGGUUCCAAACCCCACCACCUUAAAGGAAUGUAAGCUUUUUAACAUGAUUAGAGCCCUCUAGACGUGAAAUAACACCCCUAUAGUUUACACUCCUGUUAUUCUUUGUUUACUUCACAUUGCUCAGGCUACGGGAUCACUGCAGGGACGUAACAAAUGUACCACUUCCACACCGAAUGAGAGGAGAACCUUUUUUUCACUCUGUCUAAGCCAUGGCAUCAGCCAUGGCGUGUCUGUCUCAGCCAUUGCGUAGUGAUGUGCGGAUCGAUAAUGAAAUAUCGAUACUUCCGAAACCAGCUCUUCAUGUGCUAAAAUCAAUUCUCAAAUCCAAAUAUCGAUACUUUUGAUACUUGAUGACCGAUCGUAAACGGAGCUAUGUGUGAAUUGCGGCGCCAUGUCAAUUAUCACUCUUAUGGCCGUUCUCAAUCAUGAAUCAUUUAUUUGAAUGCUUUUAUUAUUUGACCUAUUUUAUCUUUUUAUUGUUUAAAAUACCAUUUUCACAUAUUUUGGAUGAUUUUGUCGAGUUUUUCUGUUGUUGUAUAUUAGCUUGGCUGUAUUGUAAAUCACCCCGCUAAUUUUGUUUUAAUUCAUCUAUUUAUUUAUUUUAAAGCCUGGAAAAAGUAAUGAAAUUAAUGAAUGAAAACAAAUAAACAACUUCAUUGAAUGAUGAAUGAAUGUAUUAUUAAUUCUAUUGAAUGAAAUAUCUUGUAUUCUUUAUGGGAUGAUAUGAAAUACACUACUACAGUAUUUCAAAUUUCACAGACACAUUAGGUGAAUUUACACAAAGAAUCGGUAUUGGAUCGAAAGCGCUGAUACCAGACGGAAGCAAAAUCCGUGGUGUGCAUGGCUGCUGAGUAUGCGGUGUCCGUCCAGUGUGAAAGGUAAUGUAAUGUCAUCACAUUAGUGAGCACAAUGCUACGCACCACUUGUCUUUCUGUAUCCUUGACUACAAAUAGCACAUAGCCGACCACCAAACACUUUAGAAUCAUUUAUUAUUACAAUUAUUAUAAUUAUUAUUUGAAAAACCACAAUAUAGUGAGGGAGUGGUAUUUGAAGCGCGAUAUAGGAGGGAUCGCUGUGUGUUUGAGUUCGAAAAAGUAGCAUCUUCCGAAGUCCGAUGCCUUUUCACAUGAUGGCCAGGCCUCCGUAUGUUAUUUCCGUCCAUAGUUGACACUUGCUGUCAUUCUGUAGAGAUGCAAUGCAAGGGUCGAAUCCAAACAUCUGCCAUUUUAAUGACCAUUACUCCUCGUCACAGCCCUGCAGUUUUUGAGAUUUUUUGGGGCCAAAAAAUGUUUUUUUUUUAUUUUGUUGUCAAAAAUAGGUGUUUCCUAAGAAAAUGCAUGUGGUUCACCCUGGGUGGGUAAUCAUUCAUAAACGUGUGUACAGCAUACAUGUACCACGCUUAAAGGAAUCCUUUGUCUUUUUUAACAUGAACUUGGAUGACAUCCCCAUCAGCAGUGUAGUACAUCAACAGUCAGUUAUGGAGACGCUGGAGCACACCUGCAGGCAAUCAGCAAUCUGGACUCCUCUUAAGCAAGGCAGCAGCAUCUGAUCCUUGCCAGAUUGUACUCCCUGACCUCCUGUUCCUUGCUCCCGCUCAGUCCGGCUCCACUACCCUUGCCCUGCUCUCUGGCUCAUUACCUUUGCUUGCAUUUACCUGCUCUGUAUUACCUUAGUGUUUUCCUGUUGGUUUGCCUUCAGUGUUUUUUGUUGUUACUUCUAUUUUUUUCCUGACAGCCUUCUGCUGUCAGUGUUUUGUGUUUCUUACCCUUGGUGUAUUUUCCUUUGUUUGUACUUUGCCUGUUUGGACACCUUUAGUUAUUAAACCUUAUU